GUGAGCCAUCUCUUGGUCAGAGUUUGAAAGCUGGAAAGAUAGGCCCACGUCCAGAAACUUUUCUUUUAAAGUUCUAAUUUUGUAAUUAAAGCUAUGGCAUUGUCAAUGAAGAAAGCCACAGGUGGUGAUGAUGAUGUGAAUGUCACAUUCGAAGAUCAGCAGAAGAUCAACAAGUUUGCAAGGAAGAGUAAUAAACUUGGAGAAAUCCAGGAUGAAAUUGCAAAUAAAAAGAAAGAUCUUCAGAACCUGGAGGAUGCGAGCGAUGAAUUGGUCCUUGGAGAUGAUGAUGCUUCCAUACCGUAUCAGAUCGGGGAGGUGUUCUUCAACCAGAAUCUGGAAGAUGCCCAGCAGUCGGUAGAGGAUGCCAAGACGAGGAUGGAGGAGGAGAUCGCUGACUUAGAGGGCCAAGGAGAUGUUCUGAAGGGAGAACUAGGAGAUCUCAAGGCUCAGCUUUAUGCAAAAUUUGGAAAUAACAUCAAUUUGGAGAUGGAUGAAGAUUGAUGAAGGAUCUUUGAAUUUUUGGACAGUGUUUAGAAACUGAGAUGCAAUGAACAGAGACGGAUAAACUACUUGUGGUGUGUUUUUGUGAAUAUGUAUGGCUAUGCCUGGCUUGAAUCAUUUUGAACAGCAGAAGUAUCAGUAAGGCAAUUGUUGUGACAACAUGACUUUUUUAUUUUCUAUAGUUUUGUGAGUGUAUUUAUGUGAAUUAUUAUAGCAUGUUCAUAUCAGUCACAGAUAUGUGAGGAAUUUUAUUGACUAAACAGAUGGUAUUUCAAAGGAAUGGAAGCAUAAUUCCAGUAAUAUAAUUACAGAUUGAAUUUGAUAAUUUUGUGAAGGCAGUGAUUCAAACUUAAUGUGUUGUGAUGUUUUUCUUGGCUUCAGCCUUUUACUUCACCCAAACUGUUAAAGAGAGCAAAAUGUCAUAUCUCACAAUGUGGUGCGCCAUCUAUCGGUUGGCAGCGGACAGGCCAAUUUCAAACUUUUGGGUCGACAUCACGCGCAGGCUAGGCACAGGCAAGGGGCAGCCAGCGCAUAGUGCUGAUGUAAAGAUGCUUCAAAAAUGAAAACCAUACGAUAAACGGAGGAAGAAUUAACCAAAAACGGUCUCAAUUUCCCAAAGAAAUCUGCGGUAAAUUUCUUUCCCACCUCCUAGACCCUGAAAACAGCAUAAUUUUAUGCAAACCAGCCAGGCCGCGUCGGUCAUACAGCAUAAUGCACUAGCGCACUCAACCUAUGUCGACCUUUUUCCCCAUGAGACAUUGUAAAUUUCGACCUGUCUGCUGCAACCAAUAGGUUGCGCACCGCAUUGUGAAUGUUGCAUUAGAAAUGAGGAAAAAUGUGAAAGGGUCUAUUACUAUUUAUUUUUUCAUUUCCGAGGGGGGGGUUUAGUAAUGCCUCAUUCAGAUAUAGAUGGUGCAAGUUCAUGGUGGUUUGCCCCUGAAGUCUGAUGCAAUCAAUUCCCUUUGUAUAAAAGUUUGACCAUUUUGCUUUCAGUGGGUUACAAUAUUUCACAAUUU